AAUCCUAAAGUGGCCUCCUUUUAUCCUUGGAUUUUUUUUUCCCAUUUAUCUGUCAUUAGCUUUUCCCAAUUCCCCUGGAAUUGCCAAGCUGCAUAUUUAAACCACGUUUCUCUGGCCAGUGUGUCUCCCUCCGGUCUACAGCAUGGGGAAUAUCUUUGCAAACCUCUUUAAGGGCCUUUUUGGCAAAAAGGAAAUGCGCAUUCUGAUGGUGGGCCUGGAUGCUGCUGGGAAGACCACCAUCCUGUACAAACUGAAGUUGGGUGAGAUUGUGACCACCAUCCCCACCAUAGGUUUCAACGUGGAAACUGUGGAGUACAAGAACAUCAGCUUCACCGUGUGGGACGUGGGCGGUCAGGACAAGAUCCGGCCUCUGUGGCGCCACUAUUUCCAGAACACACAAGGUCUCAUCUUUGUGGUUGACAGCAACGACCGAGAGCGUGUCAACGAGGCCCGGGAGGAGCUCAUGCGGAUGCUGGCAGAGGACGAGCUCAGGGAUGCUGUUCUGCUCGUGUUCGCAAACAAGCAGGACCUCCCCAAUGCCAUGAAUGCAGCUGAGAUCACGGACAAGCUGGGCCUGCACUCCCUGCGCCACAGGAACUGGUACAUUCAGGCGACCUGUGCCACCAGUGGGGACGGGCUCUAUGAGGGACUGGACUGGCUGUCCAAUCAGCUCCGGAACCAGAAGUGAGCUGCACUCUUCUCUCCCCCCUCACUCCCUCCUUCACCCUCGCUUUUCCUCUCAUGUGGCAGCCAUGCCCCUGUGGUGUGAGUGCCAGAAGCUGUCUCCAUGGUCGGUCCCAGUGUGCUUCACCAUGCUGUACAUGUGCAGAUGCAGCCUGCAACCGGGUUUUUAUUUAAUGUAAAUAGUUCUUGUUUCCAAUGAGGCAGUUUCUGGUACUCCUAUGCAAUAUGACUCAGCUUUUUUUAUUGUAAAAUGAGAAUCAACCCACUGUCUAGUACUGAGAAGGGAUUUUAGGCACUGUGGCCUCCAGGAGUAGCUGUCAGAUCUGUCUAACACUCCUCUGGGCUUUAGAUCUGUAUUGAGAUCCAUUUUGAUGGUUCAUUUUUAACCCAAGCUCAGUGCAUUUUUUAAAAUAGUUACAAAUACAAGAUAAAGAGACACUUGAACACAGAGAAGGGGGAAAUGUGCCUACUGUAGGUUCUGCAGCAUUGGCUUGAGUCCAGUCUACCCAUGGUCUCUCUCACGUCUGGAGCAUAUGGUGGGCAGAACCAGCCACAAAACAUUCUGCAUGGUCACUUACGGUCCCCGAAUGGCUGUCUCGCUGGGUCCUCUGCAUUCCAUAGCGUUUACUUGUACCUGUGCUUACACCACUGCCUCAGGGAAGGGCUGGGGCUGUGGCCACCACUGACACACCCCUUGGAGGGACCUCAGCCUUCCCUUGGGUUGGUAUAGGUGCUUUGGCAGGAUCACUCUGGCAGAGCAGGAGCCCCUCUAUAUGGUCCCCAUGCACGCUCGCUCGCUCACCCAGGUUGUCUGGGUCUCACCAGUAGGAGCACGGACAUGUGACUGGUCAUCUUAGAGCCUAGCUCCUCGGAGCCCCUGUCCACAUGUGCUUUCACUCCUUCAGCCUGCAAAGGUCAAGUUUGACAUCAAAAUCAACAACCUCUACUUUUUUCUUUUGUAUUUUGAUAAACACUGAAGAAGCUGGAGCUGUUAAACUUUAUCUUCGGGGAAAACCUCAGAACUGGUUUAUCUGGUGUCAUGGAACCUCUUACUGCUUUCAAUACACAAUUAGUAAUCAACUGUUUUUGUAUACUUGUUUUCAGUUUUCAUUUCGACAAAACAAGCACUGUAAUUAUUAGCUAUUAGAAUAAAAUCUCUUAACUAUU